GUCGUACACCGCGCAAGCAUCACAAUGCGGAAUAGCCACCGCCGAAAUGCCAGCCCAGCGCGGCGUGCGUCGAGGCCUGGCUGACAAGGCUUGCAAUGAAUGCCAAAGGAGAAAGACGAAAUGCAUUCCCUGCGCAGACAGUCCCCAAUGCGCAUUUUGCAAACGAGCCGGGAAGACCUGCAUCUUCGAGGAGCCGCAGCAACGGACGCCUCUCACGCGGCAGAAUCUUGACCAAGCAGAAGCACGAUGUCGAGAGCUGGAGCAGCUGUUGUAUCAGCGUGAGGGCGAGAGUUUGGCUGCCACGGCGAUGGAGAGUGAAACUCAGCAGGAAACGACCCAGGUACGGCCACGUGCGCCUCAUGCUCGGGAAGGGACAGCAGACUACGAGUGGAAUGAAGCCUCAGAUCCUGAGCAGAGUAAUCAGUCAUCUGAUAGCGAUCACGCAAGAGAUGGCAUGGCCGCGCUGACCAGUAAACAUUCCGGUUCUGGCUAUCUGGGAAAGAGCUCGGGUCAUGAACUUCUCCAGUCUGUGUCAUCCUUUCUACCGCCUUCAAGUUCUACCGGGCGUCGAAACACACGAACUCUGCCAGAAACGCCCAUCUCAAACGUGGGACCUUCCCACGAGCUCUCGAGCAUCACCUCAAACACCAUGUCCGCGACCUUCAUUCAAGAGCAGCUCAUUUCGGCGUACUUCACUAUGUACAAUGCCUACUAUCCUAUCCUCCAGGAACGCUCGUUCCGCGAGCAAUGUGCCAGGAGGAAGUCGUUGCCUCGGGCCUCGUCGUGGCACAUUACCUACUAUGCGGUAUUGGCCAUGGGCGAAUGGGUGUCUGGGAGUGGUGCCGAAGACCAGCCUUCGCUAUACUUCGAAGCAGCACGGUCAUUACUGAAACCCGAAGUGCUUGAAUCGGGCUCUCUGAACAACGUGCAGGCAUUUUUGAUACUCGGAAACUAUCUGCAGAAGACUGAUCGUCCCAACACAGGUUACAAUUAUCUCGGUAUAGCUCUGAGGUUAGCCAUGGGCUUAGGCCUGCAUCAUGAACUCCCCGACAUGUCCAAUGCCAGCCCUUUCAAGAGACACCGUCGUCGGAUACUGUUCUGGGUCCUGUAUUGCUUUGAUAGCUGGUUCAAUAUCACGACCGGCAGGCCUUCACUCCUCUCGGACGCCAGUUUCGACGUUCGAAUGCCACGGAACGUGGACGAAAGCUCUGUCGAUGAUCAGGGUAUGGUCAAUGAGACGCCGGGGCCGACAGUCUGUUCCGUGACCAUCGCCCUUGCUCGCUUGACCAAGAUUGCCAACAAGGUCUACAACGAAUUAAUUUGUGCAACUUCAUGCUCUGAUGUUGAUCAUCAGACUGUGGUAAUGGAGCAAAUGAUCCAGAACUGGCAGGCUGCCCUACCAGUGUACAUGAGCAGUCCGGAUGUUCCUGCAUGGUUCCUUGGACCGCGGCAGACAGUAAGCUGGAAAGCAGCAAAUUUGCGUGUGCUACUGCUCCUUGCAAGCCAGAGGCAUCGCGUGGACACUUUUGAGAAGCUGGCCGUGGGAUCAAGGUGCCAGUCUGUUGCUGCUUCGACUAUCAACGAUAUCGCCUCAUUCUGUGAGCAGCAUGCAGAUCAGCUACACAGCGGGCUAGCCUGGUACGCGGUCUACUUCAUGCUGCAAUCGAUGCUCUCAUUCACUUCACAAUGCGUAUAUCGGCGAAGAAUGGAUCAAAAUCUGCACGAUCUGGAUACUCAGUACUGCGAGAACACUGCAACAGUGGCAGUAAGCUGUAUCGAAGCGAUGAGAGCGAAGAAUGCAGCUGCCAAUCGAGCCUACCGCAUCGUGAGCCGUCUCCGAGAUGUGGUCAGACAGACAAGUGGCAUUGUGCCUAUGGAUGUGGUCGUUCAGGCUGGCAUAGAGUCGCACGGAACGGCGCAGUUGCCCGUUGAGCAUCUGGCGCAUUCUGCUUACCUUGACCCUCAAGACCCGCCGACCGAUCCCAGCAUUUCGCUUGAUUUCGACCAAGCGAUUCCUAAUCUUGUCCUCGCGGAAUGGGGCAAUGCUGCAGAUUUGUCGUUACAUUCUCUUUUUAACGGAAUGGACGACUUUGAGCCUGCGAAUAUGUACAACUGAUGAACGAUGCGAUUGACGAGAGGCACAGGCGAAAGCUUUUCAACGAUGCUUUGCGCGAAAGAAGAGACACCUGCUGGCGAUGGCCAAGUACGAUACGGUUUAAAAUUUGCCACAGCCAAAGCCGCCAUCACCUUGAUGAUAUUGCGCCGGCAUAUUCUCCGCACCACGCUAGAACUCCGCUCGAUAUUUCGCGAACUAUUCCACUUGGCCAUGCCCUCAGCAACAGCCGACGCCGUUAACAAGGCAAGAACCUCGUCCACGGGGAUGAGUGUGUAAUGCGCCGGAGCAUGGGCGACCGAGACCGUUUCAAGCUAGCAAGCAGCCACAGGGUUACACUCGCCCUGACCUAGCCUUCGGCCCACAGUCUUCCGAUGCCCAGCAACAGAUGUCAACGCAGACGCGGCCUCAGAACACUGCAGUGUCGCGACUCACAGCGUCUGUCGCACUGUUAUAUCUGCUUUUGCUGUCUAAUCUCAACCAGCAUUCA